GCCCCUCCCAGAUAUCACAGUUUCCCAGCUUACAGCAGCCUUAGCAGGGGAUGGAGUGGGAGUGGCCAGCUACAGCUUAUUUUCUUAAAGUGACAGAGCCUUGAAAUGGCUCAUUCUGUAAAGUACUGAAAAUGUCCAGAAUAAUUUUUGAAGAGGAAUUUUAUACAAAGUACUUCUUAAACAUGUUUUGAGUAGACCAUAGAACUAAGAUAACUUAAGAAAAAUAAUACACAAUAUGUACCCUUUAAAUGUUGCUUUUCUGUCCAUACAUUAGGUGCAAAAAGGUGUCAGACAAUGUAAAAAGAAAACAUUUAACAUCCUUCUAUGAUUCUGUCAUCAAACAAAGUUAGGGUGAUGGAAUGUUAGAGGAGUUUGAACAGCUGCUUCUGCUUUUUAGUUAGCCAGAGCAGAGGUUUCCACGAACGGUAAUAAAACUCUGGAGACGGUAGCUGGUUUAGAUUUCAAACUUAAACCACAUGAAAUUUGGUCCAAACCUUCAGUGUUUUUGCAAAUAAUUCAAUUUAUUGUAAUUUUCUGAGAACAGACACAAGCUAGUCAGUGGACUCAUAACAGUCAAGUUUUCAUUAGCAUAAUGUUGUUUAGGCUAAUGUCUAACCAUUGGUUCCCCACAGUGGGUCACCACAGGAGGUCUUGAGAUGAUGUCCAGAAAUCAAAAUAAAAUUUAAAAACAACUGCUGGGACUAGAAUUCAAGCAUAAAUGUUUCAAAACCCCAACUAAGUGAACAUCAGCUAAGAAGAUUUCUUGAAUGAUUUAGCUUUCAGAGCAUGUUUGUAUAAAUCAGAGAUACUGAGGGUCCCGUGUCUUAACUAUGUCUAUUUUGUGGGUCUGAAUUCUACUAAAACACAGAAGCAUAAACAACACCAGUCUAAAUACAUGUACUGCAUUUCUUGUCUGUGUUUGUCGCAGAUUCUUUUGGUGAAUGACAAUGCUGUCGUAAGAAGAGUCAUUGCUGCAGCAGAUCGGGUCUCAGAGUGCCUCUCUGAGCUUGGCUCCUCCUCAGAAAUCGAGACUCUUUACAUGUCCUUCCAGGUGUUUUCUGAAGCUCUGCUUCUCUUUGAUGAACUCACAGUGGACCGAGCAAAAUCGUUACAGGAUCCCAGACAGACAAAGCAGCUUCUGGACUCUCUAGAAACCCUGAGGAAGUGCAUCUCCAUGCUGCACACUGCCAUGUGCACGACCAUCAAACAUCCUACAUGUGAGCAAGCUCAAGCGGCCAAGCGGUACAUCCUAGACAAGGUGCAAAGCACCAUAAGAGACGCUGUUGCAACCCUCAGGUGUGAGAGCAGCAGUGGACCACUGGGACCUUAUGGGUAUUACACUGAGAAGCACAACAAUCUCCUGCAGCUCCUUGGCUGUUACUCCAUCUCAUCGAUUCAGGACAGCAGCUUUGACAGCAUGAUAAGGGACAUCGUGUUCCACUGCAUGGCAGUUGCAAACUCUUCAAGAAGACAGUCUCAACAGAGAAUUGUGAGCCACUGCCGUCACAUCCUGCAGCUCUGGUCCGACCUAAAAUCAAUCUUAAAAUUCUUUGAGAAACCUGAAAACUUUGAGGAAACUUGCACUCUACUGGCGCGACAAGUCCAAAUGCUUGACGACGAGUUGCUAACGGCACUUCUUUAUCAAGUGCUGGACACAUUUCUCACAGCUUCUUCUACGGUCAAUGAGCUUUCAAGCAUGACCAAAGGGGUUCUAGCUGCAGAUUCGGCUGCAGUCGCGGAUCUGACCUUCAUCCAGCCGGUAGUUGAAGAUUUCAUUUCAUCCACCGAUAGAAUCAUCCAAGUGGCAAGCUUUAUUUCAGCGGUUGCCGUAGAUGCAAAGAGUUUGGAGAAUGUGCAGAACUCACAGGUGUGCCUUAGAAGACUAAAGACUCAAAUCACGCCCCUGUCCCUGGAACUAGAAGAUAAUUCGAUGCAAACCGUUCAGAAGCUUCAUGAUUUGUGUCAGAAAUGGGAAGAGGAGACUCAUCAGCUGCAGGAGGCUCUCAGCGAUGUCAUGGAUGUAAAGGAGUUCACCAAACUUGCUACUGAUGAGAUGCUCAGCGACCGUUGUGGGUGCGAUGAAGCAUACAGAGAGCAGAGCUAUGAGCUGUUUGAUGAAAAUGCUAAAAACUUAAUUUGCCACAUGACGCUGGUGAUUCACGCAGUGAGGAGGCACCUGGAAAGCAGCGAUAACCCAAUCUACAGGAACGGCCUGCUGGUUCUGCUGAAACAGGCCCAGUCGUCCAAAAGCAAGGUGGCUGACUCGGUCCGAGACAUGCUUCAUGGCACCACCCUAAACGUCGGGAUGUAUUCUACCUUUACUGACAACGUCUCCACCGUUAUUCAUCACUUUAAAGUCCUCAGAGAGGGACUGGAUGGCCACCAGCACCCACAUCUCCUGAGCCCGCUGCGAGAGGGGGUAAGAACACCUGGAAUCUCACUGCCACCCUCUGCACUCAAAGAGAACAUUGGGAGAAGUCUGGAUCGUGUGACAAACGAGUCAAAGUUUCCAGCUUUUGAAGUAAUGAAGAUGAACAUGCAGACAAUAAAUGAGGAAACGUGCUCAGAUAUAGAAACCACAGAUGCAGAAUGCACUCAUAAACAUGACAGCAAUGAUUUAAAGACUCCAGCUGUCCCAGAUGAGCCUGAAGCGAUCCACCUGCCUGUUGCUUUUGACCUUUUACCCCUCUUAUAUGAAGUUGUGACUGUGACUAAAGGGAAAGAUGUGUCUGCGCUCAACCGGGCCUGUACCGGAGUUCUUGAACUGUCAAACUGUUACGCCCAAGCUUCCAAAGAAGGCUCAGCCAUUGUUGAUGCUGUGGAUUGCCAGACACUGGAAAGUUUCAGAGCAGAGCUGGUGUCGCUGACCCCGCUGCUCGUCCGGACAGCACAAGAAACAGCCAUGGGCUCAGCAAGGGGCACUGAAAGCAUCUACAAGCACUGCGCACAGUUUUCUGACCUUGUCGGCCACAUUCAAAGGGUUUUACAGCCAGCAGCUGGAAACUGGUAUCACGCUGUUUUCGCUGAACUGCAAAGAAGUCAACAAGCCAGUGUUUCACAAAAUCUGAAUGAAGUGAUGACUUUAUGUGCUCAUGUGGUCCAGGUCUUAAUGUCGUCUCCUUUAGAUUUGCAAGGUGAUGGUCACGAAACCUUCAGAGUCUUGCACAGCAAGCUGAACAAAGCCCAGAACAAUACGAGGCAUCUCAUAGAGUUUGCCACCUCACUGGAACGACCAAAGGAUCGAAUGGAAGGCCUUUGUGUUCUCUGGGGUCUCUCCAUUCAGGUUUUAUUAAAGUCUCUGGAUAAGAUUUUGGGUACAUCAACAGCAGCACACCGGUUGAAUCUCCAGAAACAGAUAUCGGCAUUGUCUGAGAACUCUCUUAGAAUCCAAGAGGCUGCAAGGCUCACCAGCCUAAUCUGUAAAAGUGCCUACAAGUCCACCCAACUGGCCAAUGAACAGGAUGAGCUACGAACACUGACUGAUGCGUAUAUUAAAGCUGUUGAAGAAGUCGAUGCAAUGCCAAAAGUGAUGCAACUUGCAAAAUCCGAGUUCCUUCAGCGACAGUUGUUGAUCAAGAUUAGAGCGCUGUCUGGUCAGUUAUCCAAAGAAAACAAGGAGUAUGAUGCUGCGUUUGAAAACGUCGUCGGUGUUGCUUAUUUUGCAGCUGAACAUUUCCGAGACCCCGAUGCAGAAGAUGCAGCGCAGAAAUUUGAAAACGUGGCUGAAACACUUGUUGAAAACAUCAAAGCUGCAUCCAGAAGAGUGAACGACUGCUUGGACUUCGUCCGUGACCCACGCGCUCGCUCUAACUUACGGUCCAUUAACGAGCACCUGACCUUUCAGAUUUCAGAUAUAAUCUCCAGGGCAAGGCUCGUUGUAGAGACUCGCUACGUUUGUGACACUCUCAGUUUGGAUGUCCUGAUUCAGUGCUGGUCAGCAAAAGCUCACUACGUGGUGGAUGAGAUCAUGAAGCAAGAUGGGAUUCACCAGGAGGCAAAAGAGAGCAUUAAGGCUGGUUUGCAGGGCAGUGGGUCUAGAGAUUCUGAUCAUUUAUCUACUGUGAUGCCAUCUAAAGCCAAAGAAGGUGAAUUUCCUGAGAUGGCUUCUCUGCAGAAAGACAUAGAAACCAUAGAUGCUGCAGAAACUAAAGUGGACAUGGCAGCUGAGGCAAAACAAGAACCCAAGCAUGUGGAUUCAGAUGAUGGAGUUCCAUCUGGUGUGUACAAAGAACCCUCCUCACUGACCUACACUUCCCUGUAUCUAAAGCAAAAGAGCGACAGCUGGGAUCCCACAGACAACCGAAUAGUUCAAGACACAAGGAAAAUGGCUGAUACCAUAUGUCACAUGACACAGUACUUAAAGAAGAAAGGCCCGAUACUGGUAUUGACCACAAGAGGUCACUUUGCUGCUUUCAUCUCCAUGUCAGGAAGCAUGCUCAUUCGUUUUCUCUUUUUUUUUUUCUUUUAUCAGAACAAAGAAGCUUUUGUCAUGGCAGCCAAAGAUGUCAUCUCUAACUGUCAGUCGGUCACCCACUUCAUCAGAGUCAUUGCCAACCACAGCCUGGAUAAACAGUGCACGGUUGAGCUGUCGGUCAUCAUUGAACAGAUCCUAACCAUCACUAAUCAGCUCAGCAUCGUCUCCAGGUCAGGGUGCUUUAAAUCGCACAAGGUAGAGGGUCGCUGAUUCACUUCUGCUUUGUGUUCACAGUGUCAAUGCUGUAACUCCUGGGUGCAAAUCAUCUGACGAGAUCCUGGUGAAGAACUCGCAAAAUCUUCUUCAAACGGUCCUGCGUGGGGUUCAUGCUGCAGAAACAGCGUGCAUCACAGUAAAUAUAAAACCAAAAACCACACGGAGUAGAUCUGGAGUAUUUACAGAUUUAAAUGGUGGUGCCUGAAACUUCUUCAGUAAUUUAAUUUAAAUAGGACAUAUGCAAAACUCACCUUUUCCUUCCUUUUGUGCUGCAAAGUGGAUUAUACUACUUCUAUUAGCACUCUAAAUGUAAACAAAAAUGCCCAUCUGUUCACUGUUGGAUUUUCAGAAGUUACAGGCCUAAAGCCAGGUACAUUUUGUGUUUUCUGGCCAUCGUACAAAAAUAUUUUGUCGUUAAAGGGACAAUGUGCAGAUUUUUUUCCUUUAAUCUCUGGAUUAUUUAAGCCUUUUAUUGAAAGAAUAUACAAGAAGUGACUAAGAGUAGUUCCCUCCUCCUUAACCUGUUUACCCUAACGCCUUGCAAUUGGGGGCCUUUACAGUUUCAUGUCCCAGAUAUCUGUUUACAUUCCCCAAACACAACUAAAACUACAAUCAAACUGUUCAGAUGGGGGGAAAGCCAUUUUAAAUUGUACUAAAUUAAGAAACAAUGAUAUUUGAACUUUAUUUUAGAAGAGCUUUUGACCUUCACUGCUGUCUGCUGGAAAAAAAAAACCUUGAACCAAUUUAGUUGAGGACCCCUGGAGUAAAUAAAACAAUAGACUAAAUUUCCUAAAUGGAAUUUGAACUCACAACCUCCAUCCUGUCAGCUCUUUCACACAGGGCUGCUCUUCUAAAAUCAAGUUCAAGUAUUAUUUUAUCUUUAUGUAUUAAAAUUUAAAAAUCGCU